AUAGUUUUGUUGCAUUUUAUUGUAUAUGAUUUUAUUUAAUUUUUAUCAAUACCUAAAAAUGGAAAUAUUUUGUAUUAUUCAUUUGGAAAAAAAGUUAUAGUAAAGUAGUUAUUUUCUUCGGAUAUAUCUACUUCAUACUGAUUAAUUCAUUGUAACGCCAAACAGAGUUUUUAUCCGAAAAAUAAUUGUACUUAUUAUGUAAUGAUUGAAAAGAUUUUCAAUUCAUUAUACUUUUUGUAAUAAAAUUUGUGAUUGUAUAAAAAAAGUAUUGAUCCAAUCGUAUAUGGUAUUUUUUUCCCUAUAAUAUAAAAUUACAUCUUCCUGUGUAAUAAUAAAUUACUAGAAGUGGCAUUCUUCUUAGACUAUUGAAAACAAAACGUGAACUAUUUUGAUCCUAAAAAGUUUAAUAAGCCGCAAUGGCCUUUAACAUUCGUAAAAGAGAUUAAAAAGAAAAUUGUAGUAAUAAUUUUUUAAUACUGUUUUUCAGUAAUAUCAAACUAACAUUAUUUCUAUUUGUUGAAAAAUUGACUAUUUAAGUUAAUCAGAACUAAUUUAAAUGCCUUUUAAUUAGUUAGCUUCCUGCCAUCAAACUGUACAAUUUUUAAUCUAUCUAUUUUUCUAUCUUUUUAACAGAGAAACCUAUUUUCUGUACGAAUGGUUGUGGAAGAAGUUAUAUGCGCCGGACUAGUAUGCUUAACCACAUAAGAUAUGAAUGCGGCGUAUAUCCCAAAUACUCGUGCAAUGUCUGUGGCAAAUUGUUUGCUCUAAAUGCUAGUUUGAGAAGACAUCAGCUAUCAUGUCUGAACGUCCCUCCAGAAUUCAAAUGUGAACUGUGUGCAAAAAUGUUUCGACAUAGAGACAAACUAAAAUAUCACAAAGCACUUCGUCAUAAUAUACAAGAUCUUUCGUUUCCUUGUUUAAAACAAUGUGGUCGUAUUUAUAAGAGUCGAAAAGCAAUGCUUAAUCAUAUAAGAGACGAGUGCGGAAUUAUACCUAAAUAUGCAUGUGGAAUUUGCCAUAAACUUUUUAGUUUGCGAGGAAAUAUGAAGAAACAUAUGAUCAAGUGUGGUCAACAUAUUAAACAUUAUGAUUGUCCUAAUUUGUGUGGUCGAAGUUAUAAGGCUCAACAAACUCUGAAAAGGCAUAUAAGAGAUGAAUGUUUUAUAAUACCGAAAUACUCUUGUAGUAUUUGUAAUAAACUAUUUAGUCAAAAAGGUACUAUGGUGAGACACAUGCUUUCUUGCUCUAAUACACCACCAGGAUUUCAUUGCAACGUGUGCACUGCUUGUUUUCGUCGGAAAGAUAGACUUAUACGACACAAGACAUACGUCCACAGUAUACAAUUAUUAUUUCCAGAACUUUUGAAUGUCUUGAUAAAUAAGUGGAUGUGCUCAAACCAAUGCGGAAAAAUGUAUAGACAUAAAGGGGGGUUGAAUCGACAUUUAAAAAUGGAAUAUGGGGUAGUUCCCAUGUUUUUAUGUGAGCUUUGUUUAAAACCAUUUAAGUGCAAAUGUCAUUUUGAAAGUCAUUUGUCAGUUUGUGCUAAUGUUGAUCCUCAGUAUAGUUGUGACUUAUGUAAAAAGUUAUUUUGAUGGAAAAUUUAAACAUAAGGUUUUGAUUCGUGGAAUAAUUGACCGAAGAAAAUAAAUAUUUUUUACAACGUUGUUGACCUUAUGAUUUUGAGCUCACAUUAGUACAUAACAUUUUAUGAGCUUUUAAAUGCAUUAACGGAAGAUGGAUUUGUCCCAAUAAAUGUGGACGUAGUUAUAAAGAGAAGUUUUCACUGAAUCGUCAUUGGUUGAAAGAAUGUGGCGUAGAACCUC